CAACAAUGUCAAACUCUGAAAUAAUAACAUUUGAAGACCUAGAGGCAACAGAUGUGAUCAGCGUGGAGUUGGUUCCUGAGCGUAAAGGCCUCAUUCUGAAGCACUGUGAAUACUAUGUCAGCUCCCGGAGACAUGGCACCACGGUGACAAGGAGAUAUAACGAGUUUGUACAGCUGUAUGAUGUGCUCUACGCCAAAUAUCCGUACCGGGCCGUAUGCCGCUUGCCCCCAAAACGCGUAGUCGUCAAUGGCGGCAGCCCCCUUUUCCUCCAACGGCGCCGCGCCGCCCUCCAAAGAUGGUUGACACUCAUGGCAAGACACCCGGUAUUGGCCCACGAUGCCGACUUAAGAACGUUUCUCUGUGAGGCAAACUCGAGGCUCGAGAAGCCGAAACAUGACGAGUUUACGUUGGCAGGAACACAAGAGAGCAGCUCUAGAGACAUGACCACAGAAGAGAUGCAGGCAGCUUUCGUGUCUAGCCAGGAGCAACUGCGGCUUAUUCAGCUGGGCUUGGACAGGCUCUUCCAAAUCUUCGAGAGAGCGGAGAGUCGCUGUGAAGCAGAAAAGGCGGAUAUACGAGAACUCGGAGCUGGGCUGAACGCCCUUUCUGCUACCAAUGUCUCCGACACCGCCCGCUGGUCGCCCGUGCGCGAAGCGCUUAAAGUCGCUGCCGAACUGGCGGUUGAGAUGGGCGAAAAUACAACAGAAAACACGGACUUCACAGAAGAUGGUAUUGGGGGGAGGCUGCUGUUGGCUCUAGAUGCUUUAGGGGCUUACAGGGAACUGUGCGGGCGCCUGACUCGGGGCCUGCACGCCGAGCGCGCCGCGGCGGCCGCGCAGCACAAGCACUCCGCCGCCAGCCAGCUGCUGCGCGAGCGCCACCGGUACGCGCUCUGCUGCGCCACACAGGAAGCGCUCCUGUCUCGUGCCUACGCACUAGCUGCUGUCGAAUCUCUUCCGUCUCUCUUCCGCACGCAAGGCGCUACGCACGCGCGCGUUGCCACUCUUUGGGCGGACCUGCAUACAGCGCUCCGACACGCCGCCAAACCGAAAUAAACCUUAACACAGAGGUAUACAGUUAAAAUUAGAAUGCUGGCUCGAAGAUAAUAAUC